CCUAACGUACAUCUUCACCAGACGAUUCUGUAAACACUUUGAAGGCUCUAGAGGUGUUUGUGGUGUGAUUCUGUGAUUUACGAAAGGAAGAAUAUCGGAUCAGCAAUGCGGUGGAAGCGAAGUUUGAUGGCGCUGGAUGGAUUUCAGCUUUCUCUGUGUCUAUUGUUUACUCUGUGUUCUGUACAAACAAUUGAUGCUGCACGUAGAACAGCCGGCCGACGAUCGAGUCGUGAAGGAUUGUACAUCCCAGCGCCGAGUACUCAAUCCAUCCAGGCUCUGGCUGCGGCGAUGGGCGCUGCGGAGUUCGAAAGUUACACGGAGGGCAAGGCACUAGUAAAGAGACUCAUUCCACCCGCACAAGCCGACAUUGUCGAACAUCAAGGUGUAAUUGGCAAGGCAGGUGUAGAUUUCCCAGCAUUACCACGCAUACCUAACACCGGAUUCAACUGCAAGAACGUGCCUACUGGAUACUACGCCGACCUGGAAACUGAUUGCCAGGUAUUCCACAUUUGUGACACGUCCCGCAAGAUUUCCUUCUUAUGUCCAAACGGGACCAUCUUUAGCCAGUCUCAUCUCAUUUGUGACUGGUGGUUCAAGGUGGACUGCGCCUCUUCGCCAGCUCUCUAUGAAUCUAGUGUCGAGUAUUAUUCCAACGAGCAGAAGAAAUCGCAGAAGAUCACAAAAAGUCUCAGCAAAACUGCGGAACCUCAACCGUUUGGAAUUGCAAAUGCACGAGUAACAGUCACUGUUCCUACCUCAACCGAAAGACAGUUUAGGAGUAGGCAAAGGCAAACUGUUACUCCAGCUUCAACAAGCAAAGCUUCGCCAAGGAGUUACCAAGCACUUUUUAACAUCAAUCCAACACAAAGAUCACUAUCGCCAUCUCCUUUCGAAAAUAGGAGGAAGAGCUUAGUCCAACUUAUAUCAAACGACUUCGGGAGCAUACCAAUUAAGACAACCCUGCCAACAUAUUUCGAUAUACCAACACGAAGAGCGAACCCAUCUGCUGGUGAUUACAAUAGUAUUAAAGAAAUGCAAGAAGCUGCAGAAACUGCUUCCUUUGCCGAAAAUCAGAACAGACAGUUCCUUCGUGAUUAUAACACUAAAAAUUUACGACCAUAUCCUGUUUAUAAGCCUAACCUACCCGCUAAUCCGAUUAAAACUAGAAGUAAUCCCAAUUUAACAACACUAUAUAAUAUUCAAUCUAAAAUAACACCAGAGACUACAACAAAAAGGCAAACCUUAGUUCCUUAUACAAAAAGUUAUUUAAGUACAGUUGUGGAAAAACGAGAACCUUACACUAGACCGGGUGUGUCACUUCUUAGAACAUUUCUUCGAAAAGAGAAAAAUAGAACACAGCUUUACACACCGACUGAAAAGUUUAUUGAAGCUACACCCAGAAGUGAGAUAAUAAAUAAAGAAUCGACGACUAAAGUACCAUACAGUUCUAAUACGGACAGCACAUAUGAAACUGCAUCUACAAAUGCUUUUGAAGUAUUUUCGACGAUUAAUAAUGAUAUCACACAGUCCACAGAACCAACAUAUCAGGAAAGACGAGAGAGAUUGUUACAGAAGAUAAACUUUGAUUCUUUCGGACCGACGCAGCCUGUUCCACCUACACAACCUAAUAGGUAUUAUGGGGAUCAGCCUAAUCGACCCGGCCUAGUUGUUCCUCCUUCUUUAACCCCAAAAACACUUCAUUCGCUUGCUAUCUACUAUUCGACUGCCUUAGAUAAUCUCUCAACCACACAACGCCCAGACACUAACGAAUCUACAACACAAGCCCUUGAUGCAAUGGAUCCGAUUGGCGAAGUCUUGCCCAAUUUAUUUAGCCGUCACACUUUAAACAAAUACAGCAGUUUAUUUGGAAACACGGCUAAUAAUGCCGAGCUCUUGGAAGAAAUAAUGAUGGACCCAAAUGGAACUUAUAAUGAACUGGCUGAAGAUCUUAACAUUCAAAUGAGUCAAACCCCACUAGCCUCCUCUCCUCAAAUACGAGAACUAGCACAAGUUUUUACACAUGCACUAUCGGCCUAUCUUCAAGAUCCUGUUCAGUUCAGAAAGGUUCUAUCAGAUAUACGACCAACUCCUCCAUCGUUCGGUGAUAUGUAUGCAACUGAUUAUUUUACUAAUACUGAACCAACAACCACAAUAAAUGAGGAUGAUGAUGAAAUUCUUGGAUUUUCCGACGAUCACAAAACUAAACUCCAGGACGGGAAAUCACUGAAAUUUAGGACAGAUCUUACUACGACAGCUGAGCCAACGACUACUACACAGAUACCACCUGUUACGUUAGUAACGUCUACGUCAACGACCUACAGAAACCCCUAUAUAUGCUGUGGAAGAAUAUCAGCUUCUUACACAACUGCCUCAACUCCAAUUGCAAUCUCCAAAACGCCCUCAAGUAUUGACGUGUCAGCGAUUGAUCAGAAUCAAAAUGAACAUACUACCGAUAGUUAUACACUAUCGAAAUAUGGCGAGAUCCAAAAUAACACAAGCAACAAAGUGUAUGGCGAUUCCGAAAACCUCUCUUAUUCAAAACUUUUAAGUGAUUAUACACAACAAACGAAUUUGCCUACAGCCUGGGGAGAUGAUAUUUAUGCAUCAACACUACAACCAAUAAGUAGUAACUCUCAUCAGACAUUUGAAAGUAAAAAAAUUAAAGUAACCACACCAUUGCCAGAAGCUACUGAGACAUACUCUCCUGAAACAGAUAGUAGUGAAUUAGAAAACGAAGAAGAGUUACAAAGAGCUCAUAGCCAAUCAUUUAUAGGGCCUGCGAGCAACAGUCUAAGAGUUGGAAAACAAUUUAAUAUUUUUGAAAAAAAUAGCAUAAAAACGCCAUCAGAGGAUUUAGAGGCUCCCGUGUUUUCAUAUGUAGAUACAACAACACAAGCAACGAAUACUGUCCAACAAGAUGAAAAUGAAAUUUAUACUACUACUCCUGUCAUUACUAAUAGUGAAUCCACGUCCUCAGAUACAGAAAAGAUAACUCAAGACUUUCAUUGGAAAAAUUGGCAGAGCACUAUAGUGGAUCCAAUCACAUUAAAUGAUGGUCUAAGUCCAUCUGGUCCAGACCAAGAUGAACAGAAAAGUAAAGCAACCGAUUACGAGCAGCCUACUACGACCAACUAUCCAACCACUGAGCAGACAUUUGCUUCUACAACAAAUUACGAAAUUACGACAUUCUUGUACAAGAAUCGAUCAGGUAAAGCUUUACGAGAACAGACAUCUACAGAAGGAUCACAAGAUUUUACAACGAUGGCCGAUACAGUAGUUGAAAAGGCAAAAGAAAUUAUGGGCGGUAUGAACUCCACCACUACCCAAAAACUAAUGAAUGUAAUGAAAAAGACUAAAUCAAAAUCAGUGAAACGGCUGAUACUAUUAUUAGUCCAGACAUGUGAUGACGACCACAAUUCAACAGCAGAAGCAUCCAAGAAAGCGUUAUUGGAAGCUCUUAUGGCAGUGUCUCAAAAAGAUAUGGAUGAAAUAAAAAAAGAAGAAGAAAAUGACACUGUAGCUCAAACUACGGAUGCCGCUGAUAUCGAUUAUGUAAAGGCUACAACCUUCCAACGCAGGAUGGAUAGAAUACCAAUCGAAAAUCGAAGUGGUAAAAGUUUAAAUUUUGAUGCCGAUGCUAUAAAUGCACUUUCUAAUCCAACAACAGCGACGGUAGAAACAGAAGAAACAGAGACUACAACACCAAGUGUAACAACAACGACAGUAUCAACGACUUUACUCAGACGAAGAGGGGCGAAGAAAUUUACAAAUAGAUCCAUAGAAGAGUCUACGACUACAACGAUCGAUACACCUAUUGCACAAGCGAGAGUAGCUACUGAUGAAAGUAAAGGACAAUCCGAUACUAGAGCUAUUGAACUUUUAAGAUCUCUAUAUUCCAUUGCUGCAAAAUGGGGCUAGUAUUACUUACGUAUGUACUCAUAGUUCGUUUUAAACUAAAUAAUGCAUUUCAAUAACAAAUUACGAAACUUAUAUUCGACAGAUUCAUUCAAAUUUGCCAUUGUAUCCUUUUAUAAUUAAUAAUACAAAAUAUAAUGUAACUGAACUUAUCAUAUAAUAUUGCUUAUAUUUAUUUACAUUUAUAAAUUAUCAUAGAAUUAGUCUGCGAUGAUUAAUCAUCUUAAGACAAACAUUGAUACCACAACAAUACCAAUAUUUUUCAAACUGUUAUAACAACUUUCGCGAAUCUUUCAAAUUAUCUGUUUUUUUUUAUUUUUUAUUAUAUAUAUAUAUAUAUAUAUAUCUUUAUAUAGCUAUACUUAUAUAUAACACCUAUUAUAACAUCAAAUCAAGUAAACAAAUUCGGAUUUUUGAAAAUGUAUUGAUUGUUUUGUAGAUAUAAAAAUCUAUAAAAAAUUCUGUAUAACUAGUUUUUAUUUUACGAGUAAUUUAUUUUUCUUAACGUUAAUUUCGACUUGCCGAUAGUAUUUAGUUAAGCGUAAGAUGUUAACUACGAUGUUAGAUAUAAAUACUAUUUUAACUCAUAUAAGUUAUGUAUAAAUUAAAAGAAAAAUGAUCCAACUUUUACUGUUAGCAUUAUUUCUCUGUUAUUAAUUCCUAAUAUAACUGCCAAUUGUAUUGUAGUAUUAGUUGUAUUAAAUA